AUGUUAACAGUUAUCGUAAGUCGGUGGGUAUAUAUUAUACUCACGUUGUCUUCCUCCGCCUUGACGUUCAUUAGUGACUUGGUCACGUUCCAUCCUCCCUGCGCCACAGCCGCUAUGUCCUUGUGCAACAAGUGCUCAGUGGCACUGGUCGCGGACGAAGACCCACCGUGGUGGUGGUGGCUGCUCGCGGCCGCCGACACGUCGUCGGCGCUGGCCGCGUGGCCGGGCUUCGAGGACGAGCCGCCUCCGAAGUUUGGCGAACUGCAAAACGAAAACAUUUUCGAUCAGACUACGACGCCGACCGAAGCGAUUUUUGGGGGCACCUGCGGAGGAAAGGUGCAGGUUGAGUGGACGAGCCCGAUCGCAGAGACUGCAGAAGUUAUAAUAUGUUUACAGUCGUUAACGAUAUUGACGAGUAAUGGAUGUAAAUCGCCAAGUUUAAAGUUGACUUGGAAAGCAAUGGUGUUGAAGUUACUCGGUUUUGCAAAAAAUAAAUAG